CUUGAGUUUCAGUUAAUUUGUUUGCACUCGUUCCUGAACAAUAUGUUCUUUUUUCUGAACACCAAAGUAGGCCGGUUCAGAAAGAAUUCGUGUGAAGAAUACUGUAAAAUAAAGCAAUUGCUACAUCUGGAUAUUUUUACGUUUAAGCGCACAGUUGUUCAUGGGAAAAUAGCAUCUAUUUGACAUGAUUUCUUCUUGCAUAGUUUCAAUCUGGAUGUUGUUAUUACCCUUUGUAGUGGAAUCCUGUACGGUUCGUAUAGAGAGUAUUAAUUGUACCCAUAAGGAAAUAACGAACGUGCAUUUCACAUGCCACUCCAAUGUGAAUCAAGAAGCUUGUUCAUGUAUUUUCGAGGACCCAUUAAAGAAUGAUUUUGGUUGGUACAAGAUGUGUGCCAUGAAGAAUGAUUCUAAGACGGGAAAGAAGAAAGUUCGAAAGAGGCAGAUUCAGGUUCCGGAUAACUGUGCAUCCAUUCAACCUCCAAGACCUGGAAAAGUAUCUUGUAUAUGGUCACCACGAGAAAUUGUUUGCACAGGCACUUGUUAUAAUGGUUUCAGAUUUAUCGACGGAAGAAAAGAACAAACAUAUUCUUGUCGUUCUUCUGAAGGAUACUGGAAACCCACUGGAUCUUUUCCUGCUUGCCAACAGAUGCUUUGGCAAGACAACUAUCAGACAAGUCUAACUGAGAAGAAAAGCUUGCAAACCCAAUGUAACCCACCUUGUCAAAAUGGAGGUAGAUGCACGGCUCCCAAUUUCUGUUCCUGUACCAAUCAAUAUAGAGGAGAAGUUUGCCAAUAUGGUCUGGCGGUAUGCGCAUUUUCGAAAAAUUCCCUUCCAAGUUCCUGGCACUGCAACCACAAUAAUAAAGGCACAUUUUGUGACAUUAGCUGCCACGCUCCCGGCACACCUGAAUCUUAUGUCGAUGUUCAGCACUAUGUCUGUAGUGUGGAUGGCCUAUGGACACCACAAUUACCACCUUGUGUGCAAGUCAUAAGUUUAUGUGAAGAUCCUGGCAAUAUCGAAAAUGGCCGUCGUUUCACUCGCAGCCAAACAUUCCUUCUAGGUUCGACUGUGUCUUACGAAUGCAAUGAUGGUUAUACUAUGACAGGAAAUUCACUCCUAACUUGCCAGAGCAACAGGCAAUGGUCAUCAGAAAAACCAAGUUGCAUUUUGAAACCAGUUCCAAUAGUUAUAGCAUUAGAUCGAUGUCCAAAGCCAAAUGCACCAAAGAAUGCCGUUUUGAACGUCAUAUUUCCUGAUACAAAUCCUCUACAGAAUAUUUUCAAUUCAGAAUUACCUUUGCUUCAGAGAUUGUAUAUUACUCUAAGCGACAACUCUUCUGAAAGACAAAAAAGUGACCUACAGAGUUUGUCAGAUGGAUUGUUUACGGUUGGUACUCGAGUACAAUACAAAUGCAAGUCUCGCUUCUACAAGCUGUAUGGAUCUGAAUACCAAACAUGCCUACCAACACUCACCUGGAGUGGAUACCAGCCAGCAUGUGUACCAGAAUGUGGAAAAUCAGACUCGCCCAAGACACCAUUUGUGGUGAAUGGAGAUUCUACACAGAUUGGCCAAUGGCCUUGGAUGAUUGCAAUUGCGUUGAAAGGGAAUAAAGGAUUGCAACUGCUGUGUGGUGGAGUGCUCAUCACCGACACAUGGGUGCUAACCGCUGCUCACUGCGUGACAAAAAAACUGUCGAAUAUACCGAUGGAUCCCAAGCAUUUUUCUAUUUAUGCCGGAAAGUACUAUCGUAAAUUUACUCAAGACGAUGAGUACGUCCAGAUCAAAGCGGUAAAGCAAAUUGUUGUUCACGAGGAAUAUGAUUUCACUCAAUUUGAUUCUGAUAUAGCUCUGAUCCAGCUGGAAAGCGCAGUAGAGUUGACGUCGAGAGUGCAACCCAUCUGUUUGCCAACAGAAAUCACUACACGUGAGAAUAUAAGAGAUGAACAAAAAGGAAUCGUGCUCGGAUGGGGUCUAACAGAAAAUGCGACCUUUUCGGAAACAUUAAGGGAAACUGUUCUACCAGUGGUAAAUCACGAGAAAUGCGAGGAAGCCUACAGAGAAGGUCUUCGAACGGUCACCAUCACUCAAAAUAUGUUUUGCGCUGGAUACGAUUCGGGGGCAUCGGACACUUGUAACGGGGACAGUGGUGGCCCCUUCAUGUUUUCAGUGGGCCCUCCACAUGACAGGCGAUGGUACCUGGAAGGAAUCGUCAGCUGGGGUAGCGAGACUGGAUGUGCGAAGGCUAACCGGUACUCUGGUUUCACUAAAAUAGGAAGAUUUGUACCAUGGAUUAAUAUGUUUAUUUGAAAAGAUGUGCUAAGGCAAAAAACAGACUGCAAUUUGACUUUUUCAAGUGAUUUGAUAACAAAUUCGCUUUCAAACCGAGUAUGUGAUAGAUUGGUUCGUUUUCUUGCCUUAACGAAUGGUGAUAAAAUGAAGGAGAAAAUUCUGAGAAAAUGUGUGGCACUUUUUUAUUGGACAACUACUGGCUACUUCAGUCACUUUCAAUUUUACAGCUAAAAUUGUUCCCCAACAGCAAAAAAAUCUGAAAUUAAAUUCAUUAUACUAAGUAAUUAACAGCAUAAUUCAGUUUUGUAAACGCCAUCAAGCUAUUUAUUUAUGUUCGGAGCAUAUGUCUGUAUUUUUUAUAACAUAUAUAUGAAUUUUAAUAUCAGAUUUGAUACAAAGUCAUGCAAAUGAAUAUCUUGAAAUAGGUUUAUGCUAUAAGUGUAUGAUGCCCACUCUGAUCAUGGCUCAACUUAAUUUCGAAAUAAUCAGAAAUAGAUGUAUAUUUCAAAGUGGAAAAAUGCCUUAAAAAAAUUCAAAUAAUAGCAUUUUUAUCAGACCGGCUGUUUGCGUUUUAAAUCUCAGUUUCGAAUUUUUUGACGAUUAUUACAUCCUUUAUAAUUCAGAAAAGAAGUUCCAUUCUUCUACGAUCAAAACGUAUCAAGUUCUGAAUUUCAUCCUUUUUGGUCAGCCAACGGUCAUUCCAAGAAAGUGCCAUACGUUGUAUGGCGAAUCUUUUUGCAUGCAAUUAUUGAAGUUGUGUAAAACCACGACAUUUAAAGCUGUGUGACUCAGCCAAUUUUGUAGAAGAUUUUGUAUUUUUAUUUGAAAUUUUAAUCUGAAAAAAUACUUUUUUUAUGAUAAACAAGACAAAAAAACACCUUUAUAAAAAAAAUUUAGACUUUGUAAUUUUUUUGAGCAGUAAUUUAUUGACUCACACAACAUUAAAUAUAUUCUUUACGCCAUUCUAACUAGAAAUAUAUGCCUACUUUUAAUUAACUAUUGGGCCAUAUUUAGAGGGCGCCAUUAGUAUAGAAAGUUGAGCACAAACUCUUUCACUUGUUACAAGAAUUUGUUAUGUGAAAAUUAGUGUACUUAAACAUAUAUUUAAUUUUGAAAAUUGCGAAUAACAUAAUGGCUUCAAUUCAGCAGGAAUGUCAAUAAAUCAAAAUUGAAAACCUCAAAAGUAAUAAAAAGCACUUGAAUAAAAUAUUUGUAUACAAGAAAGCAGAACGUUUCAGCGAAACAAAUUAUUGUUAGAAACGAUUUACAUUGUAAAUGAGGAUAGCAUAAUUAAUGAAAGUAAUACAGCAAGCAGUUAUGAACAUUCUCAAUGAAAAUGCUUCAUGAUCGUUAAGAUGAUCAGUUUGUUGAGACAUAAUUAUAAAUAUUAUUUUGCAAAUAGUUGUAAAUUCAGAUUAGCAACAAUGAUAUGUUAAUUGGAUUUUUGAGUUUGUUGUUUCCAAAGAUACUAGAGUUUGAAUAAAAAUAAGUUGGUGUUAA